AUGUCAGGAAGUAACCAAAGUGUCAUUUCAGAGUUCCUCCUCCUGGGCCUCCCCAUCCAGCCAGAGUACCAAAACCUGUGCUAUGUCCUCUUCCUGGCCAUGUACUUGAUCACUGUCUUGGGAAACCUCAUCAUCAUCGUCCUCAUUAUACUGGACUCCCAUCUCCACACUCCCAUGUAUUUGUUUCUCAGCAACUUGUCCUUCUCUGACCUCUGCUUCUCCUCUAUCACAAUGCCCAAGUUGCUACAGAUCAUGAACUGUGAAGUCCCAUCCAUCUCCUAUGCAGCAUGCCUCACCCAGAUGUACUUCUUCCUGUUAUUCGGAAGUCUGGAAAAUUUCCUCCUUGUGGCCAUGGCCUAUGACCGCUAUGUGGCCAUCUGUUUCCCCCUGCACUACACCAGCAUCAUGAGCCCCAUGCUCUGUCUCACCCUCGUGGUGCUGUGUUGGGUGCUGAGCAUGUUCCCUCCCCUGUUGCACACCCUGCUCAUGGCCAGACUUUCUUUUUGUGCAGACAACGUGAUCCACCACUUUUUCUGUGAUAUAUCUGCUCUGCUGAAACUAUCUUGCUCUGAUACUAGUGUUAAUGAAUUUUGGGUAGUUUUCAUAGGAUAUAUCUUUCUUGUUAUCCCAUUCCUGCUCAUCACCUUGUCCUAUGCAGGGAUUGUGUCCUCCAUCCUCAAGGUCCCUUCUGCACAGGGCAUCCGUAAGGCCUUCUCCACUUGUGGCUCACACCUGUCUGUGGUAUCUCUGUUCUAUGGCACAAUUAUUGGUCUCUACCUAGUCCCAUCAACUGACAAUUCUCCUGCAAAUGAGACUGUCACAGCCAUGAUGUACACUGUGGUGACUCCCAUGCUGAACCCCUUCAUCUACAGCCUGAGGAACCGAGACAUCAAGGGAGCCCUGGGAAGAGUUUGUAAAAAGAAAAUCUUCUGUCUAUGUUGGUAG